AUGGCUCCGAACACGGUUGCUGCAGCUCCUCCUGCGAGCCUGGAGGAGACCGGCGCUGGGCUGACGGUUGUAUUCUACAGAUGUAUUCUCGUUCGUUCCAGAUUCAGAGAUGAAAGGACCGGCAGUUUCAUUGAAAGUCUGGCCAGUGAUCCGAGGGGCUUUCUGAGCCUAUACAACGCGGCUCACAUGGCAACACCUGGCGAGCAGGCCCUCGACGAAGCCAUCUCCUUCUCCAGGCGUCACCUUGCGUCCAUGAAAGGCAGGCUCCCGUCGCCACUGGAAGAGCAAGUGUCCCGUGCCCUCGACAUCCCUCUCGCACGCCUGCCAAAGCGGCUGGAGACGAUGCACUACGUCGUAGAGUAUGGCAAAGAAGAGGGGCACGACGCCGUGCUCUUGGAGCUCGCGAGGCUGGACUUUGACUUGCUCAGGUUUCUUCACCUCAGGGAGCUAAAGGACCUGUCAUUGUGGUGGAAGGAUCUCUGUGGCAAUGUGAAACUAAACUACGAAUACUCUCGUGCGCGAAUGCUGUUUGCCAAGACAUUCGGGUUGCUGUCCUUGAUGGAUGACACGUACGAUGUGUAUGCUACAUUAGAGGAAUGCCAUAUACUCAACGAUGCUAUACAGAGAUGGGAUGAAACCACUGCUUCCAUUCUUCCAGAGUACAUGAAAAUGUUCUACAUCAAUCUUGUGAGGAACUUUCAAGAGUUUGAGCAUAGUUUGCAGCCAAAUGAGAAGUACCGCGUAUCCUAUGCAAAGCAAGCGUUUAAACUGUCAUCAAAGUACUAUCUGGACGAGGCCAAAUGGUGCAGUGAGAAAUACGCGCCGAGCUUCAAAGAGCACAUGGAGGUGUCUGUCAUGUCGUCAGGCUUCCCAACACUAGCCGUGGUGCUGCUUAUGGGUGCAGGUGACAUGGCGACCAGGGAGGCGUUCCAGUGGGCGAUCGGCGUCCCGGACGUGGUCACCGCCAGUGGAGAGGUCGCUCGUUUCCUCAACGACAUCGCUUCGUACAAGAAGGGGAAGAACAAGAAGGACUUGGCAAGCUCCGUGGAAUGCUACGCCAAGGAGCAUGGCACGUCAGGGGAGGAGGCGGUGACCGCGAUCGCGGGGAUGGCGGAGCACGCGUGGAGGACAAUUAACCGGUCGUGCAUGGAGAUGGAUAGCGCGCUGUUGCCGGCCGCGCAGCUGGUGGUGAACCUGACCAAGACGCUGGAGGUCAUAUACCUUGGCGGCAGAGAUGCCUACACCUUUGCUGCCGACCUCAAGGAUCUCGUCGUCUCCCUCUUUCUCAACGGCCCUACUGUUUGA